CGGGGAACAUGAAGCAGAGGCCACUGUAAAAAUGAAACGGUACCGAAAUCGUAAACAAACAAAAUGGUUACUAAAAACUGACCAUGCUGCUUUCAAAUUAACUUUAUUAAUAUUAUUUGAAGUCUGAGAAAUAUUAAUUUCAAAAUAAUUUUCCAAUUGUCAUUGAGAAACAUAAGUGUGAAGUAACAAGCUAGUUUAACAAUUAACGAAGCAUCUAGCUAUGCAGUAAUAGUAGACCAGGCAGGACACCUUCCACACUUUUUAAGGUAAUCUCUCAACAAUGGCAGAAAAUACGUAUGCCUUGAGUGACCAAGACUAUGCAAGGAGUAUUGAAUUGCCACCUCAUGAUGUUUUUAUGAAUUUAUUAAACGCAAAAAGAUUUGCUAUUGACAUUGGUGGCUCCUUGGCAAAGAUUGCUUAUUUAUCUGAAGUAGAAUACAAAAGACCUCGACACUACAGUACAGCAAGUGAUGUUCCCUCCGAUUCUGAAUCUGAACAAAACAGUAAUCAGCCAUUAUAUUCUGUGGAAGAGCAAAUCGAACGCAGAGAAGCACUACACUUCAUAAAGUUUGAAACAAAAUAUAUCGAAGACUGUCUUAACUUUAUACAGCAAAACCUACUUUCAAGCAAAUGCAUUAAAGCAACAGGUGGUGGUGCUUACAAAUACAAAGAGUUGUUAACAUCUAAACUUGAUGUCAGAGUUGAAAAGUUGGAUGAAAUGAGCUGCUUAAUUACUGGUUGUAACUUUUUACUCACACAUGUUCCAAAUGAAGCAUUCCAGUUCAAAAAAGAUGAGCAUGAUCAGCCCGAAUUCGUUUUUAAAAAUUUAGAUGGCAAUAAUAUUUUUCCAUAUUUACUUGUCAACAUAGGCUCUGGUGUUUCAAUUUUAAAGGUUGAAGGACCAGAUAAGUAUGAAAGAAUAGGUGGAACAAGCACUGGUGGUGGGGCGUUUUGGGGACUAGGAUCACUUCUCACCAAUGCAAAGGGAUUCGAUGAACUUCUUGCAAUGACUACGGAAGGUAAAACAAAAAAUAUUGACAUGUUGGUGAAGGAUAUUUAUGGUGGAGGCUAUACUGAAUUAAACUUGCCAGCUGAAUUGACGGCUAGUAGUUUUGGUAAAGCAGCGAGAGCUUCCAGAGAUAGCCAAAGUGCAGAACCGUUUCGUACUCAAGAUAUUGCAAAAGCGUUACUUCAAAUGAUCAGUAAUGACAUUGGGCAGAUUUCCUCACUCUACGCACAACUUUACGGAUUAACAAGAAUCUUUUUUGGUGGAUAUUUUAUUCGCGGACAUCACGUGACAAUGCACACUAUUUCAUACGCUAUCAAUUUCUUUUCUAAAGGUACUCAACAAGCAUUGUUUUUAAGACAUGAAGGAUAUUUAGGAGCUAUUGGUGCGUUCAUCAGUUCUACUGCCUCCCCAAUUGAUGAUGAUGUAAGUUGGAGAGAAAAUUACGCUGGAAGUUCUGGUUUUCCUACUCGAACUCAAUCAACAUGUGAUGUUUUUGAAUUAGACCGAGUCACGAUUUCAUGCAAACCAUGUCCACUCCUAGCCGACCCUUCAAACUACAAACCAGAUUUGAUCGACUUAUCUUUGGACAAGACUGCGCGUACAUACUGGUUAACCAUAUUUGAAGAUAAUUUGAACCAUUAUAUGGAACAAGCCAUCUCAAGUCAAUCUGGACAGCUUGAUGUGCGAGAGAGAGGUGAUAAGUUUCGAAAGAAAUUUUUAGAGAGGCUUCAUAUAUUAAAGAAAACACCAUAUGCAUUUGGAGAGCUUACUGUACGAAGCUUACUAGACACGAGAGAGCAGUUUCUAGCAUCAUUUUCGUUCUGUGAUCCUUACCUUCAGGUGAAGCAGCGAGAGAAUGAGAUAGCGAUUAGCUUGCUUCGCAAGAGAUUGGAUUAUAUUGAUAAUUUGGAUGGUGAAAUUCGACAAGUAGAACUAGUUGAGGGUUUAGCAGCUGGGAAUAUGUUUGAUUGGGGAGCAUACGAAAGUGUCAGAUGUUUUGCUGAUCCAAGUUUUGGCUUCGCAAAAGCUAAGGAAAAACUUCAGAAACGUCCGUGGUUACACGACGAUUUAGAUAAAUGGUUAGAACGUUUGAAAGGACCUGAACAUAAUUUAGUUGCUGUGUUCGUUGAUAACAGUGGAUGUGAUAUUAUACUUGGUAUUUUUCCAUUCGUUCGUGAACUCUUGAAACGAGGUUCGAAGGUUAUUCUUGCUGCGAAUUCCUAUCCUGCCAUCAAUGAUGUAAUUUAUAGUGAGUUAAUCAUCCUGUGUGAUCGAGUUGGUGAGAUGUGUCCCGUUAUAAGAUCUGCUUUAGCUGAAGAAAGAUUAAUUGUCAUGGAAACUGGCUCUAAUUCAUCGUGUCUAAAUUUAAGGCGUAUUGAAUGCAACUUAGCUUCCAAAAUGCAAGAUGUUGAUUUAAUCGUCAUUGAAGGGAUGGGAAGAUGUAUCCAUACCAACUACGACGUCAAAUUUACCUGCGAGUCGAUAAAAUGCGCCGUCAUAAAGAACGACUGGUUGGCGAAAAGACUGAACGGUGACUUGUUUAACAUCAUAUUUAAGUAUGAUUGCCCAACCGGAUGAUGCUUGUCAAAUAUAAAUCAGAUAAUAUAGUCCAGUAUGAUUUGCAAACUCGGGGAUGUAUUACCAGAUAUGAAUGUUUGAACCCAGUACUAUGUCGUAACAGCAAUAAUAAUAUGUGCACAACAUUAGGAUGUAUGGAAUUUUUAUAGAACACUAGUUUUAUGCUGAUUUUACAAUGUUUAAAUAUUUGGAACUAUUCGAAUUGAAAUUUUGAAAUUUUUUACAUCCCGAUAUAUUUAAACAUAAGCUUCGGAACAAAUUCAUUCAUUUUAGUGAAAUUCAAUACUUCACAUUUUUUAAGAUAGGUUCUAAUUUUGCGAAUUACCCAUCACCAAAUUUGGUACUGUUAAUGGUGUAUAGAAAAGUAAAAAAAUAAGUCCCACCUGCCAGUAUUAAGUAUGUGCAAACAUACGUCAUUCCAAAAAGGUUACUCUGUAUACGAAUUUUAUCUCUUUUAAACUAAUUUUUAAUAAAUCUAUUUUUUUGCUUAUAUUAACUUUAUCUAAAGAAAUGAAUGUGUAUUAUUUUUUAAUUUGGUUACUUCUCUGUCUUGAGUUUUUUGUGAAUACCAUAGGGCUGAGACAGAAUAUUUCACUGGAUGCGAUUUUAUGUCUUUAAGCAGAAAACUCCUCGCAGACGGGUAUGUCCUAUUUUUCUCGUAUUUGUGGAAGAACUCUGUUAUGACUUCGCAACAAAAAUUAGCGAAAUGUUGAGGCGAAGUUCUUGUAAAUAAAAUAAUAAAAACAGUACGAAUUAAGCAGA